UUCUCCUGUAUUGCGGUGCCCGGUAGGUCCUGCGGCGUGUUCGGUGGUUUCCUGCCGCCAAGAUGUCCUCCCACCGGGACUGGGCUACCCUGGAGGCCCUGAAGAACUCUCCCAAGGGGAGGAUUCAGUACAACCAGCAAUGGACUCAAGAGGAGGAGGAUAUGCUCAGCGAGUCCUUUUGCAUGCUGUCGCCAUACGCCGGCUGGGUGUUAGAGAACAUCCUCCCUAAUAAAGCAGCAAUUACCAGCCCUGAAUGUAGGGAACUUUUACAAGAGUCUGCUGGCCUCUCCUCACUCUCCAUACCAGGAUUUCCAGAACUCCUAUCAGUCUCACCAGUGGAGACUGACAAAGAGCAGGAAACGCAGAUCAUCAUCGAAUCCAGCAAGGACGUAGAACCUUUCAUACGGUUGCCAUCUUCUAAAAUGUUGGCUGUGGAAAGCAAGAUUCGCUUGUUCGAGGAGGCCCAGAAGAUGAAUUCUAGGGAAGAACUGAACGCACGCCUGGAUUAUGCUAAUCGCUACAACAGGUCGUUGGCAGAAAAGGCUGCAGAACAGUUCAAACGCUUUGAAGAGAUGUUGGAAUUAAAGCAGAGACGGGAGAAACAAGAACUGGAGGAACAGCUGGAGAAGGACUCAAAGGAGGCCUUAGAGCGACAAGAGAAAUUAAAGGAGGAACACCGCCACAGGGCAAAGCUUCUAACUUUGAAGUUGCGUGAAGCCGAACAACAGCGCCAUCAAGAGUUAGAGCGCAGCCGUCAAGAAGAAGGUCGGGAGAGGAUGCGUCGGUUGUGCGCACUGCAGCAGGAAGCUCUGCAACUCAUGCAGAGGAUUGAAAUAGACCAGAAGCUCCAAGAGAUGUUUCGUGUGGACUUGUCCUCCUAUAGCAAGCGUGGGAACCAAAUAUGUGGAAAUUUAUCCAACGUUGUUCGCUCCAGCAGCGAGGGCCAGUUCCCGUCUCAGGAUGAUGUCAUUUUUGGUGAGCGCUCUGUGCAAGAGUUGAAGGUCCUGCUGAGGGACAUGGGGAAGGAGGUGUCAGCAGCGCAGGAAAGAUGCAGAGCCGAGGAAGAAGUUGCCAAACAAAAGCAGAAAGAUGCUGAACAGCAGCAGCAACAAGCCAAGGCCCAGGCCUCUAGUCUAGCUCAGGAGAAGAAACAGGACAGGAAACAAGGACUUCAGAGAACGGCUGAUAAUAGCAUAAUGGAACAGUACAAGGAGCUGUUGAGCAGAUGUGAUCAGUGUUUCAACGCCAUCAGCGUUUUGACAACCAGCAAAGAUAGUCGGGAAAAGAAGACCAGAGCUGAGCUGCAGAAGGCUGUUUUUAUUCCAGUCUCUCAGAUUUCUUCAGAGAUUGGUGAGUUGAAUGUGCAGGAGGUGUUUAAAAAAUUGAACACCUUGCUAGCGGGAGAGGAGGUUAGAAUGAGAGAUUACUCGGUGUCUGUAUCUCGGCAUGCCCUGGCUUUGGAAUUUGUGAAUUACAAGCUGGCCGAGAGGUUUGUGAACCAAGCAGAAGAAGAAGUAGCUUCCCAUCACGAAUCGGCUUUUCCUAUAGCCAUGGUGCUUUCUGGGAUAUGGGAGAGGCACCCCAGAGUGGGUGAGCUCUUCCUUGCUCACCUGUAUAAGAAGUGCCCUUAUGCUGUGCCCUAUUACCCAGUACUUGAGGAAGGUGUUACUCUCGUAGACUACCAGAGGAAAUUGGGAUAUAUUGUUGAUGGCUCAGUGGUUGAGCGACAGGACAACUUCUUGAAACGCAUGUCGGGAAUGAUCCGGUUGUAUGCGGCCAUUUUACAAAUCCGCUAUCCUUUUGGGACAGUAAAAAAGCAUCACCCUCAUGGGUUAAAUUAUGGUUGGCGUUGGUUGGCACAGAUGUUAAACAUGAAACCAGUAGCUGAUAUCACAGCUACUCUUCUAUAUGACUUCUUGGAGGUGUGCGGCAACGCUCUGAUGAAACAAUACCAAGGGCAGUUUUGGAAACUAAUUAGUUUACUUCAAGAAGAACUCUUCCCUAGAAUCAAACGGGUAACUGAGGAGGGGCAAAUGGGGUCGGUGGUUCGACUAAGACUCUUCUUGGAAAAAAUCUUACAAAAAAGAGCGAUACCUCUGCCAAAGGGAUACCAACACUUUUCAUCAUAA